AUGAGUUCCGAACAAAACGAACGCUCGUCUGCUGCGCCUCUGUGCGCGAACAACUGUGGAUUUUAUGGAAACCCUGCCAACAGAAACUUGUGCUCCAAGUGCUACGUCGAGUUCUUGAAGACGCAAGCUGCCUCUGCGACGCCCACAGCGCCGUCGAGCACCACUGCAACUCAAGGCUCUUCUUCAGGCCAACAGACUUCUUCUCUUCCGUUUUCUUCCUCGGCAGACAGUUCUGCCAGUGUCUCUGCCAGCUCCUGCGGCGUGUCGGCCUCUGCCUGCUUGCCUCCAGAGUCUCUCGCUGCCGGCGAUUCUUCGCGGCCAGCCAGCGGCGCCUCCGGUGUAUGUACACCUCAGGAGCCGGCAGGGUGUGACGGCGCGGCGCCAAGCGCCUCUUGCGCGUCUACAUCUUCCGUUGGCGUGUCUGGGGAGGGAAACGCGCAGAGCGCUGUCUCGGCUUCGCAGAAGAAAGAAGACGGAGUGAGCAGUGCGGAGCCGACUGCUACUUCACCAGAGGAAGCCACAGCACCGGCUGAUGAGAAACCCAAGCAGGUGAAGACAAACCGCUGCUGGCUAUGCAACAAGAAGGUCGGGCUGUUGGGUUUUCAGUGUCGGUGCGGCUACUUUUAUUGUGGCGAGCACCGGUAUGCAGACAAGCACGAUUGUCAGUUCGACUACAAGACUUUCGAGCGGGAACAACUGCGUAAGCACAACAACCGAGUCGUUGCUGACAAGCUGCAGAAGAUCUAG